AUGAGCGGCUAUGACAGCGCACCCGAUGCACAUGUUUAUCCCCGUCUGUUGGAUGGAAACGGGGGAGAUGGAGGUGGAGGAGUGGGGCUGCCGGGGGUGGCGAGAAGAGAGGUGAUUUACCAACCUCCUGGUCCGGGAAUGUGGUCCUCCCAGACGUCCACUGAGACUUCCUCCAUCAUCUCCUCUGCAGAUGACCAGGGACCACGGGAUGGAGGGCAAGAGGAGGACAGCGGCUUUCUCGAGCCAGCUAAUGUGCCACUGGUGUCCCCUGAAAGGGCGAAAGAGGCUCUGAUGCUGGGCUCCCGCAGCCAACUUGUUCCCAUGGUGGGUCCUGUGAAUAAACCCAUUGACGAGGAGCUUACAACAACCUACAUGGAAAAAGCCAAGCAAGCCAAACUGAACCGUGGAGAUACACAGCAAGACAAGCACGUAAAGGAAGCCAAAAGCAAGUGUCGAACAAUUGCAUCCCUACUCACAGAUGCUCCCAACCCUCACUCGAAGGGGGUACUGAUGUUCAAGAAGAGAAGGCAGCGCUCCAAGAAGUACACCCUCACCAGUUUUGGUAGUGUUGAUGAGGACAGGUGUCAUGACUCACAAGAAGAUGAUGGGGCAUUCCCUGGCAGCGAAUCAGAGUUUGAUGAGGAUGGCUUCUCUGCAGCUCCUGACCCAACUUGGGAUAGUGAGUACCUGGAUAUGCUGGAGAAGAGGGCUACUGCAGGCACUGAAGGCCGUGGAGAUGGAGCAGAGGAUGCUGCAAGUCCAGGCUUGAGUGAGACUGCAGGCAAGGGUGCCCAGUUGUUUGAGCAGCAGAGGAAGAGGGCUGCCGAGCAUGCCAAGAAGGUAGAAGCGGCACAACCACAGGCACCUCCACAAUCUCAAGUCCAGAACCACAUAUAUCAGUUGCAUCCAGAAAUACAACCACAAAUGCAACCAAACCUCCAGCCUCAGCAGAUAAUACCACCUGGUCCUACACAGCCAGUGCUAUCUCAAGCUCCAGGUUCAGUAGCUGUUGCAGGCAAUAGAAUUUCUAAUGGCGACCUAUCCUACUCUGCAGUUAGCACAGCCUCCGUGGUGAUGUCACCUCCAGCUGUGGCACCCAAACCAGCCACUGUCCCAGUGACUGUUCUGACCAGUCCUGCACCACCAGCUGAAACACCAUUACCAGAGCUACCUGCGAGUAAUGUCCUUAACAGAACGGCACGUCCUUUCACCCCUGGUUUCAUUAGCAUUCGAGCUGCAACUGCCCCUGUCACGUUCCGGCCACCAGUCACAAAGACGUCCCAGCGUCCUGCCUCAGCAGCUGUCGUGCCACCACCAUUCUCCAUUGCCUCUGAAAUAGUCAUUAAUUCACCAAUAACUUCACAGAUACCCCCUGGUCCUCCAUCACUGCGUUCCCCACCAUCCUCUCUACAUCCAGGUCACUUGGCUAUGGCACCAGAAGCUCCUGUUAACUAUCACCAUCCAGCCCUCUCUACCUCAGUAGAGACAAUGCAGUCGCAACCACCAGUAACUACUGUUCAUCAAGCUUCAUUUGCAGCUAUGACUCCAGUGUCUGUGACAGUGCCACCAGCUCCAAAGGCACCAGUGGUUUCAGCCCCUGUUCCUCUUAUUCCUCAAAUUCCUGGUUCAGCUGAUCCUGUUGCCACAGUGCCUCCACUUCAAGCACCAGUUGCUCAGCCACAACAAUAUCCCAUAGCACCUGUAGCUCCAGUGUCAGUGGUCUCUCAGCCGGAAGCUGUAGCUCCAACCCCUGUUCCUGGUCCAGGAGGUCGCACAGGAAUCUUAAUUGAGGCUCGACGCCGUAGUGGCAAACCCAAACCAAUGUUCAAUGUGCCAGAUGUCAAAAAGAACUCCCCCAAUCCUGAACUGCUGUCCAUGGUGCAGAACCUGGAUGACAGGUCUGUCCGAUACAAAUCUGGCCAAACAACCGAUGAUGUUAUUUAUGAUGAUACAGAGGAAGACAGGAGUGGUGAGGUUGGCACAGGAAGGCUACCUCCCCCAGUCGCCCCAAAGCCUCGUGUCAUCCAUGAAGCUCCACAGAUUCUUCACGCAGGGGGUAAGGGCGCCCAACUGUUUGCCAAAAGGCAGAGUCGGAUGGGUAGGUAUGUAGUGGACACCCCACCUGAGACCUCUUAUCAGCAGGAAACGGCAAUGCAUAGUGCAGCCCAACUCACUGACUCCAACAACUCUUCCCUCCCCUCGCAAUGGAAAUACUCCCCAAAUGUCCGUGCACCUCCACCCAUUGGGUACAACCCACUAUUGGGCCCUUCCAUCCCUAUAGGGCCUCAGAGGGAUACAAACAAGCCAGACAACAGAGGAGGCUCCCAAAGAGAGGGAAUCAAGGCUCUGGAUUUCAUGAGAAGGCAGCCCUAUCAGCUCAACUCUGCCAUGUUCAACUAUGGGGGCAGUGCUGCUAAUCUGUCAGCCAUGCCGUCCUACCAGGGUGACUACAAAACAACGAUGGUGGGCAGCUCAUUAACCACACCGAGGCAGAUCCCCCUUAAAACAGCCCGUGUCUACGAGAUCAAGCGAUUCUCCACACCUACACCCAUGUCAGCUCCCACUCUGACUCCCAAAGUCAUCGCUCCCCGCUCAGCCACUACCCUUGGAGAACGUCUGACUCAUUUCGGCAUGACCUCCCCAACUCCAGCCCCGCAACUAACAUCAGCACCAGCCAGCACUCCAAUCCCAGCUACACCUCCCUCCCAACCAGGUAUACUGCCCAGCCUCCCGAAAUUCUCUGCUGCCCCUAUUCCACACCCUGUGCCACCCUCAGUCCCUAAACCUUACGCUCCAGUGUCAUACACCGGUGGGCUGCAGAUGGCGAAGCAGUUCCAGAGCGCUCCAGAGCUCAGUAUCCUUUCCUCUCUGCCCCCACUCAAGUCCAAUCCAGUUCAGGCACCCAAACCACAUUUCGUUGCCACCAAGGGAGGCGUCCAGCCUCAUGUCUGGAGGCCAGGGGCAUUCUGAACAGCAAUGAAUAAGUCAGUAUCACGCUUGGACAUCUUAAUGCAUUAUUCAUUUUGUGCUGAAAUGACAAGUCAACUAUGCACAGAAAAUUAAUCAAUGACAAUUUUGGUAAUUGGUUCAUUGUUUAAGCGAAGGAAAAAUGUUUCAGUUUCUGAAAUGUAAUCAUUUUCUGCCUCUCUUGUUAUAUCAAUAUUAAAGUGAAUUGGUUGGUAGAAAAAAAAAGACUAAGAAAAAAAUGACAAAUUAAUUAAAAUAACCAGCCCCACAUGCAUUAAUUUAAAAUUCAAUUGCACACGUUUUUUUUAAUGUUAGACUAUUAAUAGUGGAAAUAGACCACAAACACCUUCUUGCUGUUCAAAAUGCUGCUUAUCACAUUUAUUUUGCUGCCAACACAUUUAACUGAGUGACAAUAAUAGGAUAUAUUAUCAUUUGCUAUAUGCCGUAAAGUCCACCAUAUGCCUGUCCUGGAGGGAGGUUUGUGUAAGGCUUCUGGAGAUCUCUUCUACUAAUUUAGCAGAAAAUCCAUCUAAACAGAGCCUGUACUAAAUAAUUCUUUGAAACUUGAAAUGUCUGAAAAUUGAAUCGCUGCAGUUCUGACAACAGUAUUAAAUCACUGGAGAUGUAUGUUGUGUGAUGUUGACAGGAGGAGGUGGAUUGAGGCUUUUAUCUUCGAACACGUAAUUCUCAGUACCUGUCCGAUGUGCACAAAGUGUUUUUUACCUGCUCUGUCUGUAGCAUUUUCAAGGAGAAACCAUGUCGCUCUUCUCAUCUGAGGGUUUAAAUGAUGCAUGAACAGCUGAGAGUUACGAAAUGUUUUUAAACACCUCACUGUGGAACUACAAGCGAAGACAACGCUUGCUCUUGCAAAGUGCUUGCAAGGUUGUGCCAAAUACCUCUUCCCACUAUAGCUGGAGAGAAAUGCUAUCUUUUUUAGCACAGGUCACAUUCAACAAGUGCCCAGCCUGUCACUGAACGUGCACUUGUCACUGGAUGUCAGAGCUUCCAAUUGCCACUUUGGCACACCAGAGCCUCCUUAGCACCAGUGUGAUCGUUGCAGAUAUAUGUAAAUUCGUAACUUUUAUUAAACAAAUAACACAGAUGAAGGAAUGUGUAUUUUGUUUUGUUUAAUUGUCUUUUAAUCUGAAGGGAUGCAAAGGGAAGUUGACGGACUGAGAGGUACCAGCAUUUGUAAAAGGGUUCAAGGAAUGAGAGUUGCUGUGAAAGGGAGGAUAUGAGUAAUAAAUAUGUAAGGCAAAUUACCAAAUCUGGUCUCAGUGACGGCAUUGUCCAUUUUCCAGAAAUGGUCAUAAUAUAAUGCAAUAAAACUGAGACUGAUUACAUACUGUUUAUAAUGCCACAGCCUCUGUAGAUGAAAGAAAGGCCAGGGAAGUUUGAUCCAUUAAAAAUGUUGGUGAAGCAACAGAAACUAAUGGAAAGAAGCAGAAAAGUUUAGCUGCUGCCUUUCCAUUUCAGCUGGUUGCUAUUAAAAAGUAAGGAUAAAUAUAUUAAAUGGCUAUGUAUCUUGAAAGACUUGGCAUGUUAACGGAAACAAGUGAGAAACAAAUGAUUAUGUUAUAUUCAGUUGUGGAAGAUACUUUUGUUAUUUUUUACAAUUUUUAAAAUACAGUUUCUCUUAAAGUUUUGUCUUGCUUUCAUGUUAUUACGGCUGCAAAAAGUCUAAGUUAUGGCUCUGUUAAUGUUGAGGUGUAAAAUACAAUAUAUAUGUUUCUGAAUGUAGCUGAGUUCAACUUUAAGUGUGAAAAUGUUUGUUGUUAAUGCUGAGCAGAAAUUUAUACUGACUA